GAAGCAUAGACAAGAAUGAUUUUUUGUAAAACCAAGGGGGGAUGGACUAUUCAUCUCGAUUUCUUGCAGCUGCUAACAACUCCGUUUAAACAGGGCCAAAUACCAUUGCUCUUUUUCCCAGCAAGAGCAGAAGUAUUACCUGAGCCACUUGGCCUAGUAUUGAUCCUUGCUUCUUGGAAUUUUCCUAUCUCACUGGCUUUGGACCCAGUGAUUGGGGCAAUAUCUGCAGGAAACACAGUGGUCUUGAAACCUUCAGAGCUAUCGCCUGCAUCCUCUUCUUUUCUUGCUAAUACAAUCCCCCGUUACUUGGACUCAGCAGCACUAAAAGUCAUUGAAGGUGGACAUGAUGCAGCUGAACAACUACUGCAGCAGAAGUGGGACAAGAUAUUCUUUACUGGGAGUUCACGAGUAGGACGCAUAAUCAUGGCCGCAGCUGCAAAUCACUUAACACCUGUAACUCUGGAGCUUGGGGGAAAAUGUCCAACCAUCCUCGAUUCUCUCUCCAUUUCAGAUUUAGAGGUGGCCAUUAAGAGAAUAGUUGGUGGCAAGUGGGGACUGUGCAGUGGACAGGCAUGCAUAGGGAUUGAUUAUGUUCUCGUGGAAGAGAAAUUUGCUUCAAUUCUGGUUGAGUUGUUGAAGAAGUGCAUCAAAGCUUUUUUUGGUGACAGUAUGCCAAACUUGAAGAAUCUUUGUAGGAUUGUCAGCAAAAGCCACUUUGAUAGAGUUAGCAAUCUUCUUGGGGACCCCAGAGUUGCAGCAUCCAUUGUUCACGGUGGUUCAUGGGACGAACAAAAUUUGAUGAUUGAACCAACCAUCUUGUUGGAUCCUCCUCUUGAUGCUGAUAUAAUGUCUGAAGAGAUAUUUGGUCCUCUGCUGCCAAUCAUCACAUUGAAUAAAAUUGAGGAAAGCAUUGAGUUUAUAAACUUGAGACCAAAACCGCUUGCCAUCCAUGCUUUCACAAAGAAUGAAAGAUUCAAAAAAAAGCUUUUAUCUGAAACAUCAUCCGGAAGCAUAACCUUCAAUGAUGCAAUCGUCCAGUUUGUGGCCGAUUCAUUACCAUUUGGAGGUGUUGGUGAGAGUGGUAUUGGAAGGUAUCACGGCAAGUACUCUUUCGAUACCUUCAGCCAUGAAAAAGCAGUUCUGCAGAGGAGCUUUUACCUUGACUUGGAACCAAGGUAUCCUCCAUGGAAUGAUUUUAAGCUGGAUUUCAUCAAAUUGGCUUAUAAAUUUGAUUACCUGGGGUUAUUACUGCUGUUGUCGGGAUUGAGAAGGAUAUUCAAGCGAUCAAACUAGAAGAGAAAGAUCAAAUGAGACAGUAAGAGCGGUUGCACUGCUCUUCUGGCAACCGAUAAUAUUAUAGUUAAAGCAAAACCAUUGAUAGGAUUAAUUGCUGCAAAUUCUGUCAAAUUAUGCAGAACUCAUCGACUUCUAAACAACCAUAAAACCAUACAACCGUACUACCAGAAAUGUUAUGCUGCUGCUUCAGUCAGGAAACCAUGUUCUACUUGUAUCAGGACGCAUUUCCAGCUCAGUAAUACCAUCUGAGUGACUCUUGUAUAAUGCAUAUUCAAAUGCUUCGUUUGUCAAUACUUUCAAAGUUUCUACUUUUACGGAUUAAACAUUCCAUGUUAGAAGGAAAA